GUAGACCACUGACGACCGUUCACCCGCAAUCAGGCACCCGCAUGACACGUUGACGUGCGCGUGGGAGUGUGCGUGGGGCUUUCCACAGCAGCAGCGGCAGCGGUGCGGGGUGCCAUGGUGACAACUACUGAAGCAGAAAUACUCCUCCGCUCCGUAGAUCGUUUGAUCCGGUGUUGACUGACGGGAAGCGACACGAAGUUAUUACAGCAGAUGGUAAUGUCUUCCUCCAGCGGGUCAGCUGUCAGAGGCCACUCCUGAGGCAGACUUGGAUACGUUGCACCAGAUGGAGUGGGAUUCGUCAGAUGACGGUCUGGGAGCAGUAAUGGACGACCCCUCUCACACACUCGAACCGGCUCAGUCAAAGCCCUCUACCACCGGCAUCUCCGAGCAUGAAUUUUCAUGUCACUGUUGCUACGACAUCUUGGUGAACCCCACCACCCUGACCUGUGGCCAUAACUUUUGCCGCCACUGUCUGGCCCUGUGGUGGGAGUCCUCUCACAAAAAUGAGUGCCCAGAGUGCCGGGAGAAGUGGGAAGGCUUUCCUAAAAUCAACAUACUGCUGAGGGAUGCAACUGACAAGCUGUUCACUGAGGUCGUUCAGCGGAGGAGAGCAGAGAUCCAGGCAAACCCCAAAAUCUCCCGCAGCUUGCUGGCCUUCCAGAGGUACGGUGACAACUUGGGUAGAUCCAAGACAAACCAACACAAAGGAGCGGGCUUCUUCUUCUCUGGCGUCCUAACUGCGCUCACGUGUGUUGCUGUGAUGGUGCUGGUGUAUCACUGGAGCAGUGGUGUGGUCGACGAGCAUGACCCGCUGAUCAGUAAACCUGUGUCUCGCUGGACGCCGGAGGAAGUCGUGUCCUGGCUCGAUCACCUGGGUCCCUGGGCUCAGCUUUACAGGGAGCCCUUCCAGCAGGAGAACGUCAAUGGCAGGCUGCUGUUGAUGCUGGGGGAUGAAGAGUUGUUAAAACCUCCUUAUAACAUUGAAAAUCAGGCUCACCGACGGGCGGUUCUGGCUGAACUGGACAGAAUUAAAACUCUGGGGGUCAAACCUCCGCAGAACCUCUGGGAAUACAAGGCUGCUAAUGCAGGGAAGUCUCUGUUCCUGCUGUACGCACUGAAGCGCUCCCCUCGUCUCACACUCUUCUACUUGUAUUUAUUCGACUACUCGGAAACCUUCCUGCCCUUCCUGCACACCUGCUGUCCGGCCAUCGCAAACAUCGACCACUCGUUGGAGGGCAGCUUCCUCAACACACAGUUGGAGCCCAGCUGGCGACAGUGGGCAGAGUUUCUUGUGAAGUACCUCCUGCUUCCGUACCAGCUGAUAGCAGAGUUUGCUUGGGACUGGCUGGCCGUCCACUACUGGACAUCUCGCUUCAUUAUUGUCAACACCAUGUUGCUGUCUGUGCUGGAAGGCUGCGCACUGUGGAGACUCUGGACAAGAGCCACGAUCAGGUCUCUGCCGGACAAGAUGUGGAACCACUUGUGGAAGAUGUUAUCUCAGGGGUUCGCAUUCGCCAUCAUGUGGCCUUUUGUCCCGCAGUUUGUGUGCAACUGCCUCUUCUACUGGGCUCUGUACUUCAGUCCCAUCAUUAAUAUAGACCUGGUGGUGCAGCAACUGAUGCACCCAGAGACUCAGGCACCGUAACAAACUGCAUGCAGUCAGUCGCCCAAUUAACGCCGUACAAUUCACAGCAAAUAAAAUAGCCAGAAAUCCCGUUGCUGAA